AUAAAUCCCUUUAAAGUGCGCAUCGAGGUAGACAAUGAGUUUAGCGCAAAUAAAAUUGAGAAAUGUCAAGCAUUUAUAGACAGGAACUGGAACAUACAGAGGGCUAUGGAAAGAAGCUCAUCCUAUGGGGUAAUUAGGGAUGUGGAUUUAGAUCUGUCGGAUGAAGAUAUAUUAAAAUGUAUAUCCUGUAAGAAGCCACCUGAAAUAAUAUCUGUAUAUCGGCUAAAACGCCGUGACCCGGAAGGAAUAGGCUGGCAGCCGAGUGAAGCCGUCCAGGUUUGUUUCAAAGGUUCCUUUAUACCACAAUAUGUGUACGUAGAAGGUUUGCGUAUCAAGGUUACACCAUACUUAUUUCCGGUAUCGCAAUGUUCCAAAUGCUGGAAAUAUGGUCACUUGUACAAGAAAUGUCCUUCUAGUAAAGUAGUUUGCCCGAAAUGUGGUGGACCCCACGAGAACUGUGAAACAGAAACCUUCAGGUGUGUCAACUGCAGCGGUAAACAUAUGGCAUUGGCUAAAAAUUCUUGUCCAGUAUUUUUAAAAGAAAAAAAGAUAAGGGAGAUUAUGAACGAGUUCAACUGCACUUAUAGAAAGGCACUAUCGGUUUACGUUCCUCCGUCGCCAUUUCAAAAAGCGUCCAAUCAUAACACCGACCCUAUGACUAAAAAUGAGAUUGACUUCAUCAUGAUGAACAAGAAGCACAUACUCAGAGAAGUCUCCGUGAUCAAUAGUGAUUCCCCCGCUCAUAUUCCUACUUUUUCGGAAAUUGUCAAGGCAAUGACUUCGAUACCUGUUACAAAAAAGAAAGUCUCACCGGUCAAAUCUUCUGUCAAACAAAAUCGACUGAAUGAUGUGUACGAAAUAGAUCCGAUUAUUUCAAAUAGCCCGCCAUCGACGACUGGCCAAGAUAAGACGGAUAAAAUUCCCUCUCAGGAACAUAAAAAGAAGUCGGUUAAUUUUGAAGAACUUCUUAGCAGAUUGAAGGAAAUUAUUUUUUUGAGAGGAUAA